AUGACCGCAAGCCAAAUCAGAUUAAAACGAGAACUCUCCCAGGACCCUGUCACGGCUUUGGCUUUACACCGCGCGCCGUCUGGGAAGCUCUUCGUCUUCGCAGGUCAAGACUCUGACCUGUUCGUCUACGAGGCGAAAAAUGGGCGCUACAAAGGCCGCUUCGUCUCUCGCGUGGGCGUGUUUGUCGACCAGCCUAUCCAUGGGAUAUCUGUGCGGCAUGGACAAGUUCUUGCGUGGGGGUUCUGCCACGUUGCCAUCAUCUCUGUUGAAAGCCUCAUUCGAGAGGAUGAUGGUAGUGAUUCUGUGAAUCAUAGCCAAGCCGCCCCUGCGAUAGCCAGGGCGAUAGCUCCUGAUUGGAUCUAUCAUGGUGCUUUUUCAGAAGCUGAUCCUUCUGUUGCUGUUCUGGCUACGGCUCACAACGAGGCCAUUCCCUUGAAGUAUUCUCAUCAUACUGGAGAGAUUGUCCUCGGCGCCGUCAUUGCGCCGUCAAGACCGAUGCUCUACUCCGCUCAUCUUAGUUGGAUAUCAAAUGACACCGUCUUGGUCGCCGGCGGAACCGUGUUUGGCCACGUCGUCGUGUGGAAAUGUCACCUGCUAGAAGGCGGCAAGUGGGCAACCGAAACGCUGUUCAACUUCGAAGGCCACGAGGGAUCUAUUUUCGGUAUGGAUAUUUGUACAAUUACCCUUUCUGACGAGAGCACGGUGCAAAUGGUUGCUAGCUGCAGCGACGAUAGAACGAUUCGCAUCUGGGACAUUACCGAGAGGGAAAACAAGGCCUAUUCUCAAGCUCCCCAGCUCAAUCAGGUUAUCAAUACCGGCUUCGGAGGAAACGAUAUUGAGUGUGGCGACAGCGUCUCAGAUUCUAACAAGGAGAGCACUCCCAUUGCAGCUGUAAUGGGACACGCAUCACGCAUAUGGGGAGUCAAAUUCGGUCCAGGAUGCGGAGAGAACGCCUUGUCCGUCUAUUCCUUUGGCGAAGAUGCAACAACGCAGAGAUGGCGCCUCGAUAUUAGCCGUGAUGACUCGGCUGGAGAGUCCAGUCCCAGCAGCUCAAGAUUGGUAACUGGGAAAAUGUCCCAUAGCAAAACAUUCUCCCUGCAUAACGGGAAGCACCUUUGGUCAAGGGCCAUGCUGGCCGAAGACAAGGCUGUCCUCAUUGCCACCGGUGGCACAGACAGCCAAAUCUGUCUCAUUGAAGAGCCUAUCCUGAGCGACAAACCAUCAAAUGGCGUCGGCGGUUCAUUGGUUUUGGAUGCCAGCGACAUUCUCAAGGGCCUCACAUGUUCAAAGGAGAUUAUUAGUCGCUAUGAUUUCCUCUCUCAUGACCAUAUCCUUGUUACUACCAGCCAUGGAAAGCUUCUAUUAGGAUAUCUCAAGGAAUCCGACGCUGAACCAAAGUGGGAACAGAUCAAUGUUCCCGAGGAGCUUCAAGGAGAGGUGAAGCUUUGUUACGUCGUAAAAGCCAUCGAUCCCACAGCCGCUCUCUUGGGCACGACGAGCGGAAAUGUCUACCAUUUCAGCCUUUCAUCCAAGAGUCUCACCCACGUUGCCUCCAUGCAGGGCAAAAUUACAGACAUGACUUGCCUCUCGAAUCGGAAUAGGGAUGGAUCGAGCCCUCCUUUGGCAGAGGUAUUGGUCUUUCUUCACGGAAGGGCGGAUUCGCAUUACUUUUCGAUUGACAUUUCUACGGGUGGCAUCCGCAGCCAAGCACAAACCAAGGGCCUCGACCCAAGAUUUGUCCCUACUGCAGCUGGGAAAAUAGAUGAUCUGCUCGUCAUUGGAUCUCGGCAUGGAUGGCUAUCAAUCCUGGAUCACAAAGACGACGAAACAUACAGCCCAAUUCUAGACAUUGCAACAAGGAGCCGCGAUACCAUCACCGCCAUUCUCCCCCUGCCCCCAAAAUCAGGCUCACAGCAUACCUCUCGCUACAUCCUCGUCACUAGCCGCGAUGGAAAGUACCGGAUAUAUGAAAUAGACCGACAACCAGAACGCGUGCUUCUUCACCUGCGUCACGAAACUUCACCACCCUUCGGACCCAUGAUUGCUGGCGCGUGGUUUACCCAAGACACUGUGCCUGAGCUAGUAUUGUACGGGUUUAGAAGCAAAGACUUUGUCAUUUGGAACGAGACACGACGAGAAGAACUGGCGACUAUCGAAUGUGGCGGAGCGCAUAGGACGUUCCAGCUGACAUAUAGCAAAUCGAUAUCUGGCCGUUACCGUUUCGCGUUUACCAAGACAUCAAAGCUGUCCAUUUCUUCGUCAGACCAACUGAGGCAUGAGUGGGUAAAGAGUGGAAUCCACGGAAGAGAGAUUCGGACUCUGAGCUCCAAUGGCCGUUAUAUAGCAACAGGUGCCGAGGAUACUUCCAUCCGCAUCUGGGAAUAUCAACCUGCUGGAGACGGCGCACAGGCAGAUUUACGAUGUGUGGCAGCUAUGAAGACUCAUGUCACAGGCCUCCAAAAGCUUGCCUGGCUAGGGGAUGAUUAUCUCUUCAGCAGCGCCGGCAAUGAAGAGUUCUUUGUAUGGCGGGUGCAGAACUUGGAAUCUGACUACAAAGGCCUGUCAGUUGUCUGCGAAGGCGUCUUUGCAGACAAAAGUGCAGAUGCCGAUCUCCGAAUUAUGGAUUUUGAUGUCUGUAAAUCCAGCAAUGCACAUGGAAUAAUAGUAACGAUGGGAUUCUCGAAUUCGGUGCUGAGAACGUAUCGCUACACAAGCGACGGCGGCCGAUUCGAACUCCUUGCAAAGGGAACAUACACGGGGGCAUGUCUCACCCAAACGCGCCAUCUAAGCAUCCGCAAUCAGCUACCACUACUCCUCACAGCAUCCACCGAUGGUCACCUUGCCCUCUGGCGGACUGAACCAGACGAAGGGACCCAGCACAAGUAUGUGCUAGAGCAGAUAGUGCCGUUGCACCAAAACAGCAUCAAAAGUCUAGACAUGAUGAAAUCAGGAGAAGGAGAAGGAGAUGGGUAUCAUGUGUUUACUGGGGGCGACGACAAUAGCGUGGGCGUAACAUUGCUCGGCCAGAUCUCGCGCGAUACAGACACUGCAAGCUGGACGUUUCUCAAGCGAAGUAUCGUACGCAAAGCUCACGCUGCAGCCAUCGCAGGCGUUCUAUUAGUCCGACGCGGCCCAGAACUUCUAGGAGUAAGUGUAAGUAACGAUCAGCGCGUGAAGCUGUGGAGCAUUCCCAGCAGCGAAGAUGGAAACAUCAAGCUUCUUAGGGGAGAAUGCAUCGGCGUGGCAGACGCAGGAGACAUUGCAGCCAUUGGCGGACCAGAGAGCGAUACGGCGACAGUGGUGUUUGCAGGAAUAGGACUUGAAGCCUGGCGUUUGGAGUGA